CUGAAAUCUGAAUCUGAAACUGACCUAUCCUUGCACACCCGGAAUGUCCGAGUAUCACGCUACAGCAUGGGAAAGACUAGGCAAACUCGAAAGUUUGCAGCAAUGAAGCGAAUGAUAUCACUGACGGAUUCACGAAUGUAACACACAAAUUUGGUUCAAAACAUCGGUUUUAGAAAGAAAAAAGACCGGGUCAAAAAAGUCACACCCUUCAAGCAAGAUACUUCACAUCACAUGUCGGUAAAACACAAUCCAGAGGUGUUUCCGUGUCUUAAGGAUUCCUAUAAUGAGGCCCUAGGACCGCCUUACCACAUACUUUUGGAUACCAAUUAUGUCAAUUUUUCCAUCAAGAACCGACUAGAUCUUUUCAAGUCAACAAUGGACUGUUUACUAGCAAAGUGCUUUCUGUAUGUUACAGAUUGUGUCAUGGGAGAAAUAGAGAAGAUGUCGGAGAGAUAUCGGGUGGCUUUAAAAAUUCUUCGUGAUGAGAGGAUUCAAAGGUUGACUUGCCAACAUAGGGGGACUUAUGCUGAUGAUUGUUUAGUUGAGCGCUGCAAAUCCCGGUGUUACAUCGUUGCUACUUGUGACCGUGACCUGAGACGCCGUAUCAGGAAAAUAACUGGAGUACCUAUAAUGUAUAUACAUGGACAUCGCGUUGUAAUUGAAAAAUGCCCAUGGCACUGGGAGCUCCAAAGCUGUAAAUAUUUCUUGUUAAAGCGUGAUAUUUAAAUAAAUAUACAAAUACCUAAAUACUAACUCAUUUCUGUGAUUCCUUCGUUUCGAAAUAAAAGCCGGACCACAAAAUAUUUAAUAAUAGAGAUCUCACACAUAUCAAUGUGGCUUUUGUGAUGUCAAAUAAUUGUUCAUGAUCUACAUAUGGGUAGUGUCACGUUUCAAGUUUCAAAAUCUGUUCUGUUACUUUACUUUCUUUGUUGUAGCAUGUAAUAUUUAGUUUUAGUUCGAUAUUACGUGGGUUACGUCUUCUGGUAACAAUAAUAAAUUAUUGCUCAUUUGCACAGAAGUUUCUUCACUCUAACAAAAGUAAGCUAAGCCCUUAUUUGUAUUGAUGAUGACUAAAACUCAUUGCUUUACUUGUAAUUCUCUUCAUCAAAAUAUUCUGCUAACUUACUAUAGUCUAGUUUUCGUCCACCCAAGAGUUUGGGACAUAUGUUUCUGCAGUAAAAUUGUGUUUCCUGCUUCACAAACAAGCUUCCUUAUUAUUUCAGUACACAAAAGUUAGUUAUUUCCCUAAUAGCCGUGGUUGUAAUUAAUUAGAGAAUCCAGCUAUUCUCCGCAGUUAAUAGAUUCAAUCCCUAUUGUUUAGCGACAUCCGUCAAAUGAAACCAACUCUGUCAAGGUUGGUGUGUAAAGAAUUCUAGUUACAAAACACGUUUUCAAAACUUGAUUAAAAUCACCAUAAUCUCUCAUACAGAUCAAGAUUGUAUUUGUCUAUGACAGCCUGUUUGUUAUGCCGAAUGGUUAAGGUUUUUAGCAGUUUAUUCACCGGUUUGUAGCUGCCACAGGGCGGUUGUGGUCCGUCCCCAUAGCCCGUUACUGUAAAUUUUUACGAGUAGCGAUCACAGACUUAUCUAUCUUGUUUUCAAGUUUUUGGUUUCAUUGCCAGCUUCUAUGUUCUGAUGUACCGUAGUACGAAUAGUAAUUUGGUUUCUGCAUGCAUUAAACUAGAUUUCUGUUGUUCGGAUGGCGUAAUUCGAUAAAAUCAGCUUCACCAAGACACCUAGGAACAUAUAUGACUUUAUUUUUAAUGAACCCUUAAUCCUACCAAGUCAGUGAUAAAUAUGAUAGUGUGAGUGGUCAAUUUUUUCCCCAGUGCUUUGGGAUAUUUAGCUGCCAUAACUUUUACCAAUAGAAACCUGUUGUAAUUAUCUAGUCAGCUGGAAUCUUUUAAUUCUAAAAUAUACUGCACAAAAACACGGUUCUCAUUAAUAAGGUCGAUUGCUUCAAAUAGGUUAUGAACAUCAUAUCAGAAUUAUGUUCAAUGGUAAAUAAGACAUCUAAAUCUCACUACUGUAGGAACUCAUACUGAUUAUUAAUCAGGUCAACUAGUUUUACUAUUCAAAAUAGGUAUUUGAGAUAACAUGACUGAGGUAAUGAGGAAAACGAUUUAUUACCGAAUUCGAAGUCACAGUAAUUGUUGAAGGUAUGCUCUUCAUUGAACGUUUUAAGAAAUACGUUUUUGUCUAGUAGAAGCGAGGGAAUAGAUGGUAAACCGACCAAAUUUCAAACUCUUGAAAAUAUUGUUCGCCUUUCAAUGCUCGUCAUUAUUAAUACACGCCUUUUUGGUGAUUUCCCGUAUCAAUGUUCGCCAUGUUGAUGUGCACCAUUUUCAGUCGUCCCGUUUUUCAUUCGCCUUUUAGCUCACAAAGUUAAGAAUAUUUCCGUAAUAUAUAUGGGGAUUAGAAAUCAGAACCCUUAAUUGAAUUAUACCUAAUCUCUCCAUGAUCCCAUUUUGCUUCACUCAUUGCCUCCUUUUGGUGAGGGUGUUUACGAAAUUUAGAGGACGAAAAGCUAAUGCCCGACGCUUUAAUCGGGUUGGUGGAUAUGGAGUAUCCACCUAGGGGAGUUGGGAAAUCUGACUCUAAACCUAUGGUGUACAUGGGCUCCAGUAUCCUGAGGAAACAAAUGGUGUAUAAACCUAAUGUUGGUCACCGGCUACCACGGGACUGCAUCUCCUUACAAUGCUCCACUGCCUUGUAGAUUAGACUGUCAGGUCAAAGGCUCGGAGAGUGGCCACCUAAGGAAACCACCUGCUUCAGUCUGGGCACUCGGGCAGUAUCACAGCCUUCACACAAAUCAAUGAUAACUACUACUAUUGUGUGGUGCAUAUGUAUUCGGUGCCUCCUUGUACCAAUGUUUAUGUU